CUUUCCCUACCCUCAUUUUGGUAUGUCCCGUCUCUGGGUAGAAGGGAAGUCCUUCCUGAACAUUACCUUCUAAAUAGCCGCUAGCUCCAGCCUCCCAGUUCUGAGGCUGGACUGGAGCUAGGGGCGGGACAGGGGACGGGACCUGGGCACAAGAGGGAGGGGCAUUGCUUAAGGGGCUGGACUUAGAGAGAAUUACGGCUGGUGCCCUGGGACCCGGGGGCGGGCUCAACUCCGGAAGAAGUGAUUCCGGUAAGACGAGUGACUUCCGGUCUGGUCCGCUGCCGGGACCGGACAACCGGGAACUGGAGGAGGAGGAGGGGCCGGAGCCGCAACCGUCAUGGAGCCAUCGGGCCCUGGGAAAGAGAACAGGACCAAGAUUUAUUGCUGAAAGCCUUUCCUCCCCUCCAGUGAGGGGGGAGGAAGUCCCCCCAGGAUGACCAAGCUGCCUGUCAGCUCAUCAAGGGACUUGGAGCAAAGUCUUCCGGCUGUGACCUCCUUGAGCACAUCACUGAGCAGAAGCCAGAACUUCCAGCCGACCUUCCUCCCACCCCUCCCAGAGAAGCGCAGGGCCAUUUCAGAUGUCCGCCGGACCUUCUGCCUCUUCGUCACCUUCGACCUGCUCUUCAUCGCUCUGCUCUGGAUCAUUGAGCUGAACUCAAAUACAGGCAUCAAGAAGAAUCUGGAGAAAGAGGUCAUCAACUACAACUUCAAGACCUCCUUCUUCGAUAUUUUUCUUCUAGCCUUCUUUCGGUUUUCGGGGCUGCUGAUGGGCUAUGCUGUGCUGAGACUUCGACACUGGUGGGUGAUCGCGAUUACCACGCUGGUGUCCAGUGCCUUCCUCAUUGUCAAGGUCAUCCUCUCUCAGCUGCUCAGCAGAGGCGCCUUUGGCUACGUGCUCACCAUCGUCUCCUUUGUCAUCGCCUGGCUGGAGACCUGGUUCCUUGACUUCAAGGUCCUAACGCAGGAGGCAGAGGAGGAGCGAUGGUAUCUGGCUGCCCAGGCUGCUGCCGCCCGGGGCCCCCUGCUCUUCCCUGGGGCCUUGUCUGAAGGGCAGUUCUAUUCUCCUCCAGAGUCAUUUGCAGGGUCUGAUAAUGAAUCUGAUGAUGAAGGAGCUGGGAGGAAAGGCUUCUCUAGCCAGGAUCGGGAGUAUAUCCAGCAGGGGAAGGAAGCUAUGGAGGUGGUGGACCAAAUCCUGGCUCAAGAGGCGAAUUGGAAGUUUGAAAAGAAUAAUGAGUAUGGGGACACAGUGUACACUAUUGAAAUUCCUUUCCAUGGCAGGACCUUCAUCCUCAAGGCAUUUCUGCAGUGUCCAGCAGAGCUGGUGUACCAGGAAGUCAUCUUGCAGCCAGAGAAAAUGGUCCUCUGGAACAAGACUGUGAAUGCUUGCCAGGUCCUCCAUCGAGUCGAUGACAACACUCUCGUCACCUACGAUGUCUCUUCAGGGGCUGCAGGAGGAGUGGUCUCCCCCAGGGACUUUGUGAAUGUCCGGCGAAUCGAGAGGCGGAGGGACAGAUACCUGUCCUCAGGCAUCGCUACCACGCACUUUGCCAAGCCCCCACUGCACAAGUAUGUCAGGGGUGAGAAUGGACCCGGUGGCUUCAUCGUUCUCAAGGCACCUAACAACCCUCGAGUCUGCACCUUUGUCUGGGUCCUCAACACAGAUCUCAAGGGCCGGCUGCCCCGAUACCUCAUCCACCAGAGCCUGGCCGCCACCAUGUUUGAGUUUGCCUCCCACCUCCGGCAGCGGGUCGGGGAGUUAUGUGCUCGAGCGUAGCAGGACUGCAGCCAUCUGCAGCAGCCGGCAUUCGUCCCAUCCUCCUGCAACCUGGACUACAAGCCUGCCCUGGGCAAGGGGCCUGGGACCUUUAGGCCUCCCCCUGCCCCCCAGAGCCAGACUGUUCCUGGAGAGCCUCUGCCCCUCAAAGUGUUAGGGGCAGGGGCUGGAUGGACUCGGGCUCACUCUGCUGGUUAGGGGUGUGUCUGUCUUGUGGUAUUUACACGUCCUACCACAGGGGGGCAGGACACAAGUGAGGGGAGAGCAGCCAGCUCCUGCCUCCUCAGCAGUGCUGGGGUGAUAGGUGUCUGGGCUUGGGGGAGAGGCAGAGGUGUGCCCACUAUGCUUGGGCCUGUGUUACGGGACCAGGAACUCCCUAGAACCAGUGGCUGGGAUAGGGAAUCAUUGUGCCCCCAGCUUUCCAUCAGUUUUUUUUUUAAUAGUGAUUAUUUAAAGGGUCUGGGACUCUUCCCCCCCCCCCCGCACCCCCCCCCCAAAAAAAGCUGGUGGAGGGAGGGGCUCUGACUCUGCCUGCCUGGGUGCUACACCUGCCUCCCCUUCCCUUCCCCCACUAGUGCUUCCUUGGGGGUCUUGGCCCCAGCUCAUUAAAAACCUGAAUGGAAA